ACGAAUUGUGGCAAUAAAUGAAGAAACCUGUGAGCUACAGUAUGGCAUCAGAGGAACAGCUGGCGCUUUCAGGGCUAAUAAAAUCGGUCCACCAGCGGUUGCGGGAAGAUGCCAGGAGUCAAAAUCCCGCUGAAGUGUGGCAUCAACAUCUACAGAAUCGAUCACUGCUAAAGGAAUAUGCCAGCGCCAUGCACCAGCUGGCCACUAACUAUUGGGACAAAACGAUGCAGGUCGACAGCAAACGGGACAACAGUCGAAUCGAGUGGACCGUCAAUUCCUGUAGGGAUUACUUCCGGGGGAAUCAGCUUGUUAAUUUCUUUCGGGAGAAAGAUGAAAAGGUAAUGAAAGCAGUCGACGAAAGCCAUUCCUUCAAAUACGAACCAUAUCAAGUUCAAAAGAUCAAACUUCUAGACGUUGGCAGUUGCUACAAUCCCUUUGCAGCAUUUGAGGAUUUUGAAGUCACAGCAAUAGACAUCGCGCCAGCUCAGGACUCCGUAAAAUAUUGUGACUUCCUAGAGGUCCCUAUUAUAAGCAGUAAUUCAGCGUCGUCCGAUUUCGACCAAAAUUCUUCAAUAGAGUCCAUUCCCAGCUCAUACUACGAUGCAGUAGUUUUCAGUCUGCUACUGGAAUACCUUCCAUCACCGGAUCAACGAUUGCGUUGCUGCCAAAAGGCGUACGAUGUCCUCAAACCGGAAGGCAUCUUGCUCAUCAUCACCCCUGAUUCGCGCCAUCAGGGUGCCAAUGCUAAACUGAUGAAAAAUUGGCGCUACACGCUCGGUUUACUGGGGUUUUCACGGAUCAAAAUCGAAAAGCUGGAACACGUCACCUGUAUGGUGUUUCGGAAGUGCGUCUUCAAGGAGGUGGCCCAGCGGUGGUGCACGAUUUACAAGGAAAGCUAUAUGGAACCAAUACUGCAGAUUCCACAAGACUACAACAAUGCUGGGGGGUCCGGCAGAAUGGACGAUGCUGAGCAAAACGACGAAUUGGUGGUUCGAUCGGAAAGUGAUAUGGUUGAAAUCAAAAACAUGUUCGGUGGACUUCCAUUCGUUAGCAAUGAAGAAAGUUGAAAUAA